AUGGCUUCAGAACCAGAGUUAUCAGUAUCUCGUUUGACCGAGAGGCUCAUGGAGAUGCCUUUCCUUUCAGGCUUCACAACCACCAGGCCGGAAUCGGAUUCAUGUCGCGAUUCCGAACAUCCGGAUCACGAAUCUACAAACAGUCUUCAUCAUCAGGGUUCGUCACUCGACAGGAUCAUCCUGAUCAACCCAGUGGCGCAAGGAAUGGUGGUGAUCGGAGGUGGCGCUACUACUGGUUUCGAAUCCCUGAUGAACGAUCUGAUGAGGAAGGACGGCCAGCCACCGACGCCUCAAACGUCGAUCGACGCCAUGCCGACUGUGGAGAUAAAAGGUACGGAUGAAAUAGAGAGUUUAGGGGGUGAGUGUGUGAAGAACAACAACGAGCAACAAUUCAGUCGGCAAUGGAAGCCAGCUCCGACCUUCCUCUAUUCUUCGAGAUUAUGA